GAACGACCCAACACUCGCACUGAGGAGGAUUGAGGUUUCCGGGGGACUCUUUGCUCUCUGCUACACUGGGAUACAGUCUGCACAGAUUUGACCAAACAUAUCAUAGUAAAGCACUGUGUCGUUUAGAUUAACUUGUUAUUACUAGAGAGAGUUUGGCGCAGCAUCCUCUUUUGGUCAUCUUCGCGGAGAUUUAAAAGUCAACGGGACAAUGGCAGAUCAGCUGACUGAGGAGCAGAUUGCUGAGUUCAAGGAGGCGUUCUCGCUGUUUGACAAGGAUGGCGACGGUACAAUUACAACCAAGGAGCUCGGGACGGUGAUGCGCUCUCUGGGACAGAACCCAACUGAGGCUGAGCUGCAGGACAUGAUCAACGAGGUGGAUGCUGACGGUAAUGGUACAAUUGACUUUCCCGAGUUCUUGACCAUGAUGGCAAGGAAGAUGAAAGACACGGACAGCGAGGAGGAAAUCAGGGAAGCCUUCAGAGUCUUUGACAAGGAUGGUAAUGGCUACAUCAGCGCAGCUGAGCUACGGCAUGUCAUGACCAACUUAGGUGAGAAGCUCACUGACGAGGAAGUGGACGAGAUGAUCCGUGAGGCUGACAUCGAUGGUGACGGUCAGGUCAACUACGAGGAGUUUGUCCAGAUGAUGACUGCCAAGUGAAGAGAACACUGAAAUUUCUCUCAACGUUGCUUGUCCUCCUAAGAUCACUGUCUUUAAGAACCAAAAAAUAAGGAUCAAUUAUCAAAUGAUAACCCCUCCCCCCCUAAAAAAAAAUUACUUAUCUGUAGAAUAUUGCAAUUUGCGCUUCAGUACAUCCAACUACUUCUAAGGUAUCUGUUUAGCAAACACCAACAGAAUAAUCCCUAGAGAAGUUAAUGGACCAAGCUUUAAGUGGGCCGAAGCCCCCGUACUUCAGACCAAGAUUCUGCUGAGUCACCCAGCUCCUGAUUAAUUUAGAGGAGAAGAGCAACACUGAAAAGGCAGAGGGGAUAGGAAGUCAUGCUACAGUUCGUAUAGAGAAGUUGGUUCUUUAAUUCUUCCCAGGUAGUCUUCAACUAAGAAAAUUGACUCUCUUGCACCAGUGGUGAUUCUCUAAACACUGAAUUGAGUCUUCUUCUUGCAUGCACCCUUUCUGUGGCCGUCUCUUGUCACAACAAGGAGGCUCUGAUCCCGUCAGAGGUCAGUGGUCAGACUGUGUACACACUGGAGGUAUAUACAUAAAUAUAUAGCUAUAUAUCUGUAAAAUUUGUGUCACCAUUGAUUAUUGCGCGAGCAAAUAGUUGCGAUGUAGGGUGUUCAUCGGCCGGUGAUGAGCAUUCUUACACAUUGAAGAGUUCGGACAAGAAGGAGAGACUGAGAAGUGCUGGAGGUUUUCUCACCUGUGGGAUGUUUAUUUUGUCUUGUUUUGAGUCGUGGGCUUUACAUCGUCUGCUGCACUGAUUGGAGACAAUAGUGUGUUGAGAUGCUUCACAAUGAUCAUUGCGGAAACCACACUCGAGGACUGCGGUUAAUACACUUUGUUCUGCAAACAGAUAUCUUGACGAUACGAUCUUGAUGUGACGCUUUAUAAAUGUGUUCUCAAAUAUUAAUGUAUUGAUGACAAACUUUGCUCACAAAAUAUAUCCAUACAUAUAUAUAUUAGUGUAUCGUAAAGUUUGCACUGCCUAUUGUUGUAGUAAAUGACCCGUGACAUGUUUUCUCUUUGGUUUUGAAAUGUGCCAUAAUACUCUUAAAAAACAAAAAAAACUAACAAAAAAAAAAACGCCUCAAACUUCUUGCAAGACUCGUAGUUGAAUAGAAUAUAAUAACUUAUUAUAAUAACAUAAAAAUACAUGCAGUUGAACAUAUUUGCACUUUGGUAUAAACUACAUGGAUGUUUUAAAAAAAAAAAUGUUUUGUUCUAAAAGAAGAAAAAAGAAACCAAAUGUCACUGUUGCUGCUGCUAUAACAACCGUUUCACUCAUAUCUCGUCCUUGUUGGUGUCUGAUCUUCAAUUUGUAGUCGGGUGAUUCAAUCUUCUGUCUGCUUGCAGGAUACAUAUACUGUAUAUUCACAGAUACUACUUGUGGUGGGGAUCUUUCACUCGGGCUGUUAAACCUUCAAAUGGGGGCGAGGUGGGUUUGUAGCAAAGAAUUCAGCUUUAGAUGCACGACUGGUUUCAGUGUUAGGUUUUUUGAAGAGUUGGCAAAAAAUUAAAAAAAAAAGCAGGUCGGCUUAUUAUUCACUCAAAAAAAUACAGUUCGGCUUGAAGCGUGUCGAUUGGUUACCUUUGAGUCAGAUGUUUGGACGUUUAAUGGACUGUUAACUAAUGAGGGCAUCUCAAAAAUGUAAAGAUGUGAUAUAUUUUCCAUAAAUCAAUAAAUUGACUGAGCUUUACUUCA